AUGGCUGAUUCUGAGUGUUGGACGGCGAAUGGGGCUCAUGUCAGCGGGAUCAUCGCUUACUUCAACCACAUUCAUGGCUAUAAUCCUGAUUCGUUAUACAUCGACGACAUGCCUAGGACUACACGAUAUGUCCUCCAAAGGGGGAAUGAGAAAGUGGGGCCAUAUCGGGUAUACCUCAAUCGUACUGCUCACGAUGACAUCAACUGGACACCCUUCUGUGAUUACCAGGAGGUUGUCCCCUUCGACCGCAUCUCGUUAUAUUCCAUAUGGUUGUCAUAUGGGACCAACACCAUGGUCAGAUAUCUGUCGGAGCAGUGCAUCCGACACUUUGGGCGCGUGCAGAUGAUACCUAGGUCUCCAUUUGUGGCUGCUCCUGACAUCAUUACCCGCCGAGAUAUUACUAUUAUCUUUCAGGAUUGGGAGCAUCAUUUGGUGCCAGAGGAGUAUCAAAGUAUGCGGGCCUCUGAGAGCUGGCAAUGUGUAAAUGGAUACAUGACAUAG